UACAGUAUUAAUGCGCGAGCUUCUUUUGGAUAUGAUCGAACCAUAAAAACAAGGGACGAUCACCAAACCGAUUCAAAUAACGAGCAGCACGUCUGCUGUGAUGAACAUACGAUUCCCUAUUACCUAUUGUAUGGAAGUGGAUCUAUUUCAGGGUUGUUGCCUUCGUGGUGCGUGUCCUAAAGCUUAUCCUCCCAGAUCGCUAUGUCCUCUUGGACAAAAGCAAUUUAUCUGUCGUGACCAGGUCAAAAUUCACGGAUUAGCCAAGGAUGGACAUCACAAGAUCACUUAUGGUUGGGGAGACCUCCCUCGCUGUCGCCAUGAAACAUCAGAGGGCGCAUUCUUCUAUGGUGGACGGAAGACACGCUCGAAUGGCUAUUUGGAUUGAUUCUAGUUUGACUUUGGUUUGUAUACCUGACAGAUGCUCCCCGCUUCAAGGCUACUAUCAGGACUGAUAUCAGUGUCUUAACUGCGAAGUCGUGAGAGGCGCCCUCGAACGUAACAUCUCCAUCUAUAACGGACGUCUAUUGCCUGGCCAAGGCGCUUGCGAACACCUUUCACCUCGUAGGU